CGAGUCGCCCUCGCACUCUCCCGGGCUGCGGGGCCUGGCCGGGCUCUUCAACUGGACCAUGUCGUACCGGCGGGACUCGGACGUCUUCGUGCCCUACGGCUAUCUGUACGCGCCGCCGACGCCGCGGCCCUUCGUGCCGCCCCGCAAGAGCCGGCUGGUGGCCUGGGUCAUCAGCAACUGGAACGAGGAGCACGCCCGCGUGCGCUACUACCGGCAGCUGAAGGAGCACCUGCCCAUCGACGUGUACGGGGCGCGCGGGAUGGCGCUGCUGGAGGGCAGCGUGGUGAAGACGGUGUCGGCCUACAAGUUCUACCUGGCCUUCGAGAACUCCCAGCACACCGACUACAUCACCGAGAAGCUCUGGAGGAACGCCUUCGCCGCCAGCGCCGUGCCCGUCGUCCUCGGCCCCCGCAGGGCCAACUACGAGCGCUUCAUCCCCGCCGACUCCUUCAUCCACGUGGACGACUUCCCCAGCCCGCGGCUGCUGGCUACCUACCUGAAGUUCCUCGAUAAAAACAAGCCCAGCUACAGGAGAUAUUUCGCCUGGCGGAACAAGUACGAGGUCCACGUCACGUCUUUCUGGGACGAGCAUUACUGCAAGGUGUGCGAGGCCGUGAGAACGGCGGGGGAUCAAUUGAAGACGGUACGGAAUCUGGCCAGCUGGUUUGAGAGCUGACGUUCCCGAGGUGUGCUCGGCCAGCUUCUCCCAGCAGUGAAUGCACCGAGGUACGGAGAAACCUUGUGAGACCUCCUGCCUGCCAGAGCCAGUCUGUCCUCAGUGAGAAGAGCAUAUAGGCAGAGGUAAAUAAACAAAAAGAAGAUUUUUAUUAUGGUGCAAAAUGAAAUUACAGAGAAGCAUCAGGCAAGGCGAUUCUGCAAGAGCGAAGCUAAACUUUCAGCAGUCGUGCUGGUCUGAAACCUUUGCAGUUGUUCGCAGAAUAACCUAUGCCAAGUCCUUCAGCUGUGCAGCUGGAACCAAUUUUGUCAGCUAUGACAGCUUCCUGGACCAUGAAACUUUCUUCUGCGUAUGGGGGAUACACAAUCAGUGCUGGCUUUCUGCAUUCUAAAGACAAAAGCAAAUAUUUCCAACGGUGAUUAUUAUGAAAAUCAGAGCUAUUUGCUGACAAAUGCUGAGCCACAAAUGUUGAACUUAAGAAUGUGAUGAUACGGUAGCACUUUUUAGCAGUUUUAAAUUGCAGCAGCCAAAUAAUAAUUCUUUGAGCCAAAUAAAAAAUCCACGUAGGAAAAAGGGUAUGGAAGGGUCCGAAUGGAACAAACAGCUCAGAUGGCAGAAAGUAUUUACUGUGAGCACAGUUGUCCUUUUUGAAAGCAGAGAAGAGCUUCAAGUACAGGAAAAGACAGAAGGCAGACAGAAAGCAUGAACAUUUCCACCCUCCCUUUAUUCAGGAAUUAGAGAAUGUUUACAGGAGACUGCAUGUUUUUCUCUGCAAAAUUGCUGCCAUAUAGGCAAAAGCAGGGAAGGGCUGAAGAUGGCAGGGGUUUUAUUGCUAUACACAAUCUGUACGUGGAAAGGCUAACUUUCUGUUGUGAGUACAACAAUAAUGGCAACAAAGAUACCAAAGUUAAGUCCCCAAACGCUACCUCCCAGAAGGAGAAUUACUGUAGAGAAUAAGGUCUAAGCUGUUGCUGAAACACAGGUUAUGUGAAGGAAGUAUAUGAAGAGAAAGAAGAAAGUUACUGUUCUUCACGUUUGGUUUUGGGGAUUUCCUCCACCUAAUUUUUUUUUUUUUUUUUUUACUCUGUUCCUAGAAUUCUAGGCUGCCACUUCCUCAUGCGCUGUCUGCCCAGAGCAUUGCAGUUCUUCCUUUUCAGGCUGCCACGGUGGAAUAAAAUCGUGGGCACCAGGCGGGUGGGGAGAGAAGAAAGUUAGAUGCAAGUGAAAGCUCAAUGUGUGAGAGUUAUUUAGGUUAGAAUGGGAUGAGGUCUGAUUUGAACUGCCAGGUAGGUGCUGCUGAAACUUAGAAGCUGCAUUUUAAGUUACCUGCACCCAGUGAUUAUGUAAGCAUGGAACUAAAGAAUAUUGGGGAAAAAAAUCUGUCACAGUGUUAAAACUUAUGAAUAAUUUUGUACAGAUUUACUAGGGCAGAGCUCGGAAGCUCCUGUUUUUAUUGUUCUCUGCUUUUGUGCAGGGAAAGAUGGUUAAAAGCACUUCUGAAUGUGGCUGUUGUUUGUGCCAGAGCUGCCGUAGAGAUUUUAUUGGGAAAGCAGAGAGGACUCAGUGCAAUGCAGGGUGUUGUCGGGGUGCUGCGUUUUAAUUCCAGCUGUUAUGAAGGGUUUGUUCAGAGCACAGCUGUGCUCCUCACUGCAAGAUCAUCUGCUGCCCUGCCAGCUGGUAAAAUAAAUUGGUUUUGAUUAUUCUAAAAGUACAAUUCCAAGUAUAGCAUUAACCUAACAGCUGAGUGCCAGGACAAUAGAAUCAGUGUCUCUUUGAUUUGUUGUUUUUUCCUUUUGCUUUUUAUCACAGUGAGUGUGUGUGUACAUCAAAAUCUGAUCUUCAAAGCAGUGAGCAGUCUUUGAGAAGAUGAAGAUUGCACUACUUCUUAUCAGUCUGCCCAAAAUAGCGCUCCUUUUUCCCAGUCCUCCUAAGUUUUUAAAUGUUUUCUGAGAGUUUAGAGACACACAGCUUGGUGCUGUCAGUAGUAAUGCCACAGGCAGAAGAUGAGGCUCCAGGAGCAUGGGAAUUUCCACAGAUUGCAGCUGAUCCUUUAUUCUCAGCUUCUCUUACUGAAAUUCUGGUGGGAAUGAGUUUUGUAAAGUUCAGCAAACAGCUUGCAAUGAUCAGAACAUCAUUUUGGAAUGAGGUAACCAAACUGUGCUCUAUUUGUAAGAUAUGCAUUGAAUAUUUUCACAAAUUGUAUAAUGAGAUCUGCAGUGUUCAUUGCUCUUGCAUAAGCAUUGCACACUUUUCCCGUUAGAUUUGGGAGGAAGUUAAGUCCUGGUCUGUGGCUGCAAGUCAAUAAUACAGCAACUCUUUAAGGCCAUAUUGGUUUUUAGUUCAUCCGUUCCUUGGGCUCACAGAACUAACCUAAUAAUUGAGUGCUGUUAGAAACUGAGGGCUGUCCUUUGUAACUCAUUUGUAGAGGCCAUGUUCAGUGAUAAAUAAGAAAUGUGCCAUAGCAGGUUGGAUUGUAAAUCGGGUACCAGACUCCACAAGACACUGCAGGCGAAGAAUGUGGUCAGUCUAUAAAAAUUAAGCAGAUUUAUCUUCCAGUCUAAAUAGAGAAAUCUUGACGAAUAUGCUUUUAAAAGCUGUUUUAUUCAAUGUCUUGAAAUGUUGGGGAGGAGGGAGAGACAGAAAAAUCAUGUGCUGUUUUUCAUGAAGUUAAUUACUUUUUGAUUAUAAGUGGAAUAGAGGAUCACCCACAUUUCUAUAUCUCACAGAAGUAUCUCAGGGAAUUUUAUACUGUAAAAUCUCUUAAUCUUCACAGAAUGGAGUAAUUUUUAUUAAUCAUGUCGAUUAACAUUCAAUAAAAUUAUAGAAAGGAA